AGCCAGACCUCUGGAUGAAUCCAUGCAUAUUUGUACGUUGAUCCUGAGCCUGUCAGGCGUGCAUUAGCCAUUUUCUAGAGAUUUGAGAAAAUUGUCGCUAUCUCCUGAAGGUGGGGAUGUUGUUAUAUGUGUUCUAAUUCAGCAAGCUAAAUGGCAAAGCACUAACUAGCUCAUAACCUCCACUGUCCUCUGGGCUUGAUCUGCUGUACCUUUGCUUCGGAGCAAUAAAUCACCUCUCCUGCUGGGCAGAACUCAAUGUUACUCUAUGUGGAGUCUCUCUAGGAUAUAGACAGAACACUGGGGACAAACAUGAGCUGAAGAUCUUCCAGAGAUCAGAGAAGGAAGAGGAAAAAAAUACGAAGCAGCUGCCAAGGCCGAGCUGUGCAGGUAGCAGACUUCUGUGGAUCUGUUUUUUGUUUUUUCUUUUUUUUGAUUGCUCCAUUUUUCCUAUUUUGCAUUGGACUUUCUCCUGGCUGUGUGGACAAGUGAGAAGCGAUUAGAGUGCGAUUGUCGGCAAUGGAUGUCCCAGCAGGAGACCAGCCUCGCUGGGUCGGGAAUCACCUUCACCCUGCAGUACUCAAUGGACAGCACCACGACUCCCAUCAUCCGGCACUCAGCCACUCCUAUGUGGAGCACUCCCAGUACCCCCUGUCCGAGGAGGUGGAUGUACUCUUUAACAUCGAUGGCCAAGGCAACCAUGUCCCCUCCUUCUAUGGCAACUCCAUGAGACCAGUCCAGAGGUACCACACGGCCACCCACCACAGUCAAGUGUGCCGCACCCCUAUCCUGCACCCCUGGUUGGAUCAUAGCAAUAAGGGUAUAGGUGGAAGCCAUGCAGCAUCCCCAUGGAACCUGCCACCCUUCUCCAAGACCCACAGCCCUGGACCUCUGUCUGUGUACCCCCCAGCGUCUUCUUCAUCCCUGGUCCCUGGACACUCCAGCCCCCUCUUCAACUUCCCUCCAACUCCCCCCAAAGAUGUCUCCCCGGACCCCUCCAUAUCCACCACUGGCUCAGGUGCCUCCAGCCGCCAGGAAGACAAGGAGUGUAUCAAGUACCAUGUGUCCCCCGACUCCAUGAAACUAGAGUCUUCUCAUGCUAGAUCCCUUGGAGGGGUCUCUUCAGCCCACCACAUCUCCAACUACCAGUCAUAUGAGUACGGCGCUGGCCUCUUCCCCCCAAACCUCAUGGGGGGAUCUCCGACCAGCUUCCAAUGCAAGUCAAGGCCCAAAACACGAUCGAGUACAGAAGGCAGGGAGUGUGUAAACUGUGGAGCAACCUCAACCCCUUUGUGGAGGCGAGAUGGCACUGGACAUUACCUAUGUAAUGCAUGUGGACUCUAUCACAAAAUGAAUGGCCAGAAUCGACCCCUCAUCAAACCUAAAAGACGGCUGUCUGCAGCUAGAAGAGCAGGUACAUCUUGUGCAAACUGUCAAACAAGCACCACCACACUGUGGAGGAGAAAUGCCAAUGGCGAUCCAGUGUGUAAUGCCUGUGGGCUUUACUACAAGCUUCACAAUAUUAACAGACCCUUGACCAUGAAGAAGGAAGGCAUCCAGACAAGAAACCGGAAAAUGUCUAGCAAGUCAAAAAAGAGCAAAAAAAUCCAUGACGGCCUUGAUGAUUACCCCAAGAGCUCGUUCAGCCCUGCCGCCCUCUCCAGGCACAUGUCCACCCUCAGCCACAUUUCACAUUUUGGUCACCCCGGCCACAUGCUGACCACGCCGACGCCAAUGCAUCCAUCAUCUGGCCUCUCCUUUGGACCUCAUCAUCCCUCCAGUAUGGUAACCGCCAUGGGUUAGACUUUACUCUUUGUAACUUGCAUCCCUUUUAAGACUUCAUCUAUAUUUUACAUUUUUUUUGGAAAGUGAUGACCCUUUAAAAUAUGAAAAAAAAAAAAAAGUUAUUUAAAUGCAGACGCACAGUUGUGCUUGCGACAUUGAAAGGAACUCACUGUGGCAUCUACGCAUUCUUGACCACUGAAUCUGGAUCCCAUUUGUGAAUAAGCCAUUGAAACCGUGACUCCCUGUUGAUAAGGGUUUCUAGUGCUGUGAACAAAAUGAGAAACAUUGCAAAAAAUACCGUAAGAACUUUAUGCCGUACAUUUUGAAGACUUUUAUUUCUGCUUAGCACCUGUAUGAAAAGCAUGAAGGACAGCAAGAUUUUAUGGGGAGCCUGGCAGUCGACCAAUAGACUCAAUGAACUCUCAGGCUGCUUGACUCACAACGUGAACACACUGCUAGUCUUGUUUUCUGUAACUGACAGAGGUUGUUGGAUGCAUUAAAACUGUAGACGGUUCAUACGUUCAGGCUGUGGGUCUCUUGGCAGGAAGCACUAUCAAUCCCGGGCAAUUGAUGUUACUAGACGGAAGUUGUCAGAAAGGAUUCGCAGAUAGCCAUUCCUCAGGCCUCAAUGCAUUGUGAACAAGUUCCUGUAAUUGUUGUUUGUAUGUAUAAUUCAAAGACACCAAAAUAUAAAAAAGAUGUAGAUUUAUUUCAUCAUAUUAUACAGACUGAAUGGUUGUAUAAAUUUAUUUACUGCUAGUGUAAAGAAACCGCUUUUAUUGUUUUCAUAUUUUUUUUCUUUCUUUAAAAAUAAAAUAGACUGCAUUCUGUUGAAA